AAUCUUCAUUGACGUCGGAAUCAAUCACAACCGUCCGAUCCUGUUCAUCAACGCCCACCACGCCGCGUGGGCUCCCCGGAGUUCUCACGAACAAUGCCACGUCAUCAAAGCACCAACGAAGUCCGACGGGGCCCAGCUCAUCAUCAUAUCAUCCACGCCGUGUUCUCAUUGAGCCCACCAAUCCGACGGUUCUCAUAAGUAUAAUCAUGCUCUCAUCUCUCCAACAAAGAUCUCCAGUUCUCCGAUGGCGGCGGCGCUGGCGCUACGUCGGAGAGGGAGCUGGAUCUCUCGAGCGCCGCCACCGACUCCGAUCGUCACCGGAAAGGGUCAACGAUCUGCGGCCUUUGACGAUGUCGUCCUCUCCAAAUACCUCGAGACCAAUCUCAAGGUCCCUGAACUCAACCUCCCGGACUGCUACUUCCCUGAGAGGUCCCCGCCACCGAUCCCAGCCGAGAUUCAGUUCGAUUCUCUCGUCUCCGACGACAAUACUGCGGUGCAAAGGAUGAUCGAGGCUGCUAUGGCGGUUGGCGCGUUCAGGAUCGAGGGCGGGGUUACGAAGGAGGAGGUGAGGGCGGCGAUCGAGGCGUGGAGCGCGGUGCUAGGGUUUUGGGAGGAGAAGAGGGAGGCAUUGAAGGAAUUCAUCAGUGAUCGUGGAGAUGGGUUCCAAUCGUUUUAUUGGGCUCGGCCCAUGAGCUCGGUCAUGGAGAAGGCCUGGCCUGAUUCUGAUCAGCCAUUCAGAGAAAUGGUGGAAAAGUUUGCUUCUAAAUUGGAGUUAGUAGCUGAAUGCAUUGCCAAAAUUCUCGCUGAUAACAUUAAAAAGCAGAGACACACUGAAAGCAUUAGCAAGAAGGGUUCAGUCCUCUGUUUGAGAAAGCAUGACCUUAAUCACUCUGAAGGAGAUCAGAGAGACAUUGAGGAACACUAUCACUCUCAUGCACUAAGUCUUCAUCUCUCAAACGAUGAUCAUAAACUCUAUUUCCACUCGCCAAAGGGUUCUUCUUCAUUUGUUUUACCUGCUGGUUCCAUUCUUGUUACCAUCAGAGAAGAACUUGAGGAAUGGUGCAAUGGGGAGUUGAAGAGUGCUAAUGUUGAACCACUUCAUGAUGACAUUAGCUCUUUCUCUCUUGAGUUCAUGUGCUCUCCUCUUGUUCUAGACAAAGAGUAUGGUCCAGUAACAGAGAAGAACAUCUCAGUAAUGGAUCAGUUGUUGAUACUGCUGGUUCUUGCUUUCCUCUAUAAGCUCUGGGCAUUACUCUUUACUUGAGAUUACCAGAUAAGGAAUGUUGUGAUUGUGUGUGUAUUGUUUUGUGUUUUGAGAAGCAUGAUCUUCUAUCCAUUUUUUUUUCCUCUGGGAUCAUUUAUAUGUUCCAGAGAUAUAACACUGCAGGGCAGUGAAGAUUGGAUUGGCAAGCCUCAGUUGGAGGUAACCUUUGAGGUUCUCCUACCCUUUUCAAUUGGGAAAGAAAAGGGACCAAUAGUGAGGUUUUUGAGUGCAAUUGAUUUUUGCAUUCAUGGAGUGUUCUGUGAGUUGCUUGAUUGAUGAUGGUGUGUUUUGGGGAGUUGGUGUUGAUUUGAAGAAUGACUUAUACUUGUAAAUCCUGUUGAUUAUACCUGUAAAUAAAAAUGUGAAAUAAGAAUGAGUGGUGAUUUUUGAAAGUAA